CAAAAGCAACUGAGGUAAUGUGAACUUGCGGUGGUGAAUUUGAGCAGUUUGCCUGGCAACACUCAGAUUUUAGGUGGGUAAAAGAAAAGCUUGUUUAAAACAUUUCUUCUGAUUGCACCAUGAUCACUUCAUACAUUCAUCUUUCUGUGUUUCAUCAUGAGGCCCCGCGCUCCGGAAACUUCAGCAGGCUUUCACAGGAAGUGGUCUGCAGCAGACUGUCGCAGCAGUCUGCGUCCUACUAUCAGCCAAAAGUACAUCACCAUUGUGUGAAAUAUAAUUAUUUAGUCACCUGGGUUAAAAUUUCAACAUGACUGCCAUUCAGUUCAAAUAAUCGUUGUGUUAAUCAUCCUGCUGCUGUUAAUGUGGAACGCCUCUUGGAAAAACUGUAACUGGUGGUCUCGUGGUUUUGUUCCGUGAUGCUUAAAGAGGUCAGAGUAGCAUCGCCAGGGAGCUGCUCACAUUGUGCGAGAUGCUGGUGAAGAUGCACUCUGCCAGGUGGACUUUCCUUCUCAGCCUGUGCUUCACUUCAGUGUCUUCAAAUGGUGACAUGGAGCCACAGUUCCUCAGGGAAGUUGCUCCAUCUCUUAACUGAAGGGAGUGUUACAUUUGUGGACCCCAGAAAAGGCCGAGUGAAAGUCUUUCCAAACCAGGGCUCAGAGGGAAACUUCUCCAUCAGAAUUGAUGAACUUGAAAAGGACGAUCUAGGAUUUUACAGCUGUGCACAAGGGAAGCACUGUGUUCAAGUGGAGUUGGCUGAAAGAGAUACAAAAGCAGUAAUGUGGCUGCUGAUUUACAUUGGUGCUGGUGUGGCUGCUCUCCUUCUGCUGAGUGUUGGUGGCUGGUACUGCUGCAAGAAAUGCAGAGUUCCCCGUAACAACAAAGAUAACAACAAAACAGAGGGCAGUGUGAACAUUCCCAAUAGUGCAGCUACUCGGGAUCCCAGCGUUCCACCUGUAACAACAAUCAACAUACCUGUAGGCGCACAUCUGCACGUACAACAUGCACCAGGAUCCUACAGUAAUGAUCUUGUUUAUGAAAAUGAUGAACAGCGUCCGGCAAGUGCUGAACCCAGCAGAAACCGCCGUGAUCCACCCGGACAUGUGCGGUAUCUAGACAGCACUCAGCCUCAGCAGCCCAGUCAAAGCAGCAGCGGGAUUUAUCCGAACUUGGAUCAGUUUCGCUUUGAACAGGCGGAAAGUCAGAGAACCAGACAGUGGUUUCCUUUAGAGCUUUUCAGCAGAUUACGGCAAGCAAGUUUCAGCCAGCAUUAUUACGUUAACCAACACGAUCUCCGCAAGCAACAAGCCAUGUCAAAGCAGGCGGAGAAUCAAAAAAGAGCAGCCCAUGGGAAAAAGAAAACCAAAGAUAGUGAGUGCUGACUUCAUCUGUGGGCGAUGAGAUAAUGCUGUAAUACAAAAACCCAAUUUCCAACACAAGCACAGGCCAGCUCAACUGGCUGUAGAGAAUGAAGUUUGAACUUUUUUUACCCCUUUGAGGUGAUCCGCGUCUUAUUGUAUUUGUUUGUAGUGUAACUGCACUGUAUUUCACUGAAGUGUUCAUGUUUAAAGGCUGUUUUAAUAAAGUUCAUCAGUCUCUUCAUAGACAAAUUGACAGCAUGAUGAUGAUACUCAAAAAUGGCUUCUGUGUACAUGUUUAUCUUUAUGCUCAGAGU